AUACUAGAAUUCCUAAUAAGACACGAGAAUGAGAGAGUUAGAGAGAGAGAGUGCUAGGGUUAGGGCUAGGUUUCCGACAGCCAAGGACAGUGGUAGUGGGAUCAGGCGGCAGCUUCCACGGUAUGGCAAGCAGUAUCUUGGGCAGGCAACUUCGUAUUUCUUCUACGAUUUUCCAGCGGAUCAAUCAGCAAAGGAUUUGUGGGAGAUGGAAAGGAAGUUGAACCAGAUUAAGAUAGACUCUUAUUAUCUCAAGGUGAAGCUUGCUGAGAAUAUGAAAAGAGGAAGGGAGGAGACAGUGUUGGGACAGCACAAGCAGUUGGAGAAACAAUGGAUUAGAAGAGAUAGUAAGGUGUCUCCAAGGAAAACUUAUGCUCAGGUCGUUGUUGGAAAUAUGGGUGCACUAGAGGAAGGGAAGUCCUCCACUAAUGGGGCCAAGCAGGGUGUUGCAAAGAAAGGAAAGGGGGCUAUGGAGGAUGCGGGGGAGGAGGUUUUAAGGGUGAGGGAAUUGAAGGUGACGCCGGAGACAUCACCUGAGAAGGCUUCUGGGCCAGAAAUAGAGUGGGUUUUAAACUUUAUUCCUAAAGAUGAGGAAGUGGCAUGGCUGAAAUGCAGUAUGGUGGCUGAGGUUCGAUCUUUGGAUAUGGUGAAGAGAAUCCAAAACCGCUUGGAUGUGGAGGGAAUAAUGGUGAAUGUGGCUCUGCUUGGUGGUCGACAAGUCAUUUUAGUGGAUAAUUCGGACGGUAGCCUAGAGGAGUUUCUUACCCGAAAUGGAGAAUUGGUGGAAUUGUGGUUUGAAUGGAUAAAGCCAUGUUUUUUAUCCACAGUUUCUUCAUUGUGUAGACUGGUAUGGCUUCGGCUCAAUGGGGUUCCGUUGAAGGCAUGGAGUGAGAGAUGCUUGACAGAAUUAGGGAGCAUAAUUGGAGAGGUGAUACUUGUUGACGAGGAUACGAGGAGUAAAUCGUUUUUAUGCGAAGGAAGGGUGUUGAUUUUGAGUGCAGAAAAGAUGAAAAUAGCAACAACCAUUUGUUUGCAAGUUGAUGGCGAGGAUUUCCCAAUAGCAGUGUCAGAGGAGGAGUGGAGGAUGGAUCCGGACUGGUGGUUGGCCGGAGAACGUCGAAAUCUGGCCACUCAACCCAGUUCGGAAUAUUCUAGCAGCGACAAUGAAGGAGGGGAUGACGGUUACAACAAUUUGAAUUUGAAUUUCAAUGGAAACGGCCUUCUGUGCAAAGAUGGCGGAGAGUUGGCCGAAGAUCAUGCUGUAAUGGAUUUGGUUUCAUUCAAAGAGUUAAGUAGACAAGCAGAGUCGAAGGGAGAAGAAGCGGCUGGGUUUGUUGGCCUAAAUGGGCUAGAAGAAUUUGGGCCGGAUAAGGGGAAACAGGUUGGGCCGGGAGUUGGUGACAUUGUUUUUGGGUUAGAGGAAGCUCAACCUGGUGGUGGGUCCAUCUUUAAAACCCAAGAGGUUUCUACACAGCUGCAACAGAUGGCUUUGACGGGGAAAAAAUGCAGAACUCUGAAGGAGGUUUAUGCAGGGGACGCUGGAGAGGAUGAAUUGAUGAGAAGGGGCACUAUUUGGAUCACGGCACGAACUAAGAGUAGAAGGGAUAUAAGGGUUCCAGCAACGCAAGAAGCGGAGAGGCCGAAUCUGCAGCAGGAGAGUUGCUCCGUGUCGGAUGGCUGCAUUCAGCAUAGAAAUGGGAUUAUUCAGCGGCAAUUGGAGACAAAAGAGGUGAGGGAAAUUUUUGAGUUGGGGCAACGGUUGGGGAUUCAGUGUCAACAAAACGAUGAAGAUGUGAUUUCUAGGCAGAGGAAGGCUUCUUUGUGGGAGGAGAUUGGUGGAUCGAUUUUGGAAGUGGGUGGUAGAUGGCUUGUGGCAGGGGAUUUUAAUACAGUUCGAAAUGUCACAGAGAGGAAGGGAAGAUUAGGAGAAACUCAGGACAUGGAAGAUUUUAAUCAUUUUGUGGAAGGGACCGGGUUAAUUGAUGUCGGAAAUGUGGAUUGGGGUCCUAAGCCUUUUCGAGUACUUGAUGCAUGGCAACAACAUCCAGAUUUUCAAGAAUUUGUGGAGAAUAGAUGGAAGGCUAUGCAAAUCGAAGGAUGGGCCUCAUACAAAUGUAAACAGAAGUUGAAGCUUUUAAAAGAGGAUUGUAAAGGAUGGAAUAGUGGGUUGUUUGGCAAUGUGGAGACUCAAUUUGACACCCUAGUAAAGCAGGUUGAGAGGUUGGAUAAAAAAAGUGAGGAGGAUGAGUUGGAAGAGAAUGAGGUGCUAUUGAGAAAGGAGUGUUUUCAGGGGAUGUGGGAAAUUUUAAGAAAGAGAGAAGCUGUGUGGAAGCAGAAAGCACGGACGAAUUGGGUUUGUUUGGGAGAUGCAAAUACAGCAUUCUUUCAUAGGAGUGUUCAUGCAAGGAGAGCACAGAAUGGCAUAUUUGGUAUCAUAGGCGAGAAGGGUUGGGUUGAGGAACCGGAUGCAGUCAAGGAAGAGGCAGUUAAGUAUUUUAGCAAGCUGUUUCGAGAUGAAAAGUGGCGUCGUCCUGUCUUGGGUGGGAUUCAAUUCCGCAGAAUAUCUGCGAUACAAAAGGAGUGGUUGGAAAGACCUUUCACAAUAAAGGAAAUUGAAGAGGGACUUCGAAGUUGUGAUGGAUCGAAGGCACCAAGACCAGAUGUGCAAUUUAAGGAGUAUCGACCUAUUAGUUUGAUUGGGUGCUUGUAUAAGUUAUUGGCGAAAGUCUUGGCGAAUCGGUUGAAAAAGGUCAUGGCCAAUAUUAUCAGUGAAUCGCAAUCAGCGUUUGUUGGUGGGCGGCAAUUGGUGGAUAGUGUGCUGAUUUUAAAUGAGGCUGUGGAUGAGGUAAAAAGGAGAAAACAGGAGAGUUUCAUCUUUAAAGCUGAUUUUGAGAAAGCUUAUGACUGUGUGAAUUGGGAUUUUCUGGAUUGGAUGAUGGAUAGAAUGGGGUUUGGGGCUAAAUGGAGGAAGUGGAUUCGUGAAUGUCUCUCGACAGCUAGGAUUUCUAUUCUAAUGAAUGGAAGCCCAACAAUGGAGUUUACAACUAGUAAAGGUCUUCGUCAAGGUGAUCCUUUGUCCCCUUUUUUAUUUUUAUUAGUUGGAGAAGGGUUGUGUGGGCUUGUCAGAAAAGCUGAGAGUGAAGGGCUUUUUCAAGGGGUGAAUAUUGGGACGAGUGGUAUGAGUUUGUCAUUGCUUCAGUUUGCAGACGACUCUGUUUUUAUAGGAAAGGCAUGUGCUGAUAAUUUAAGGGUCAUGAAGGUUAUUUUGCAUUGGUUUGAAUUGAUUUCAGGGCUGAAGGUUAAUUUCAGCAAGAGUCAUUUGUAUGGGUUUAACAUUUCAAAAGGGUGGGUAAAAGGUGCAACAGCUAUUUUGCAUUGUGGAGUAGGCAAGGUGCCUUUUAUAUACCUUGGUUUGCCAGUAGGGGGGAAUCCAGGGAGGAAGAAGUUCUGGAAUUCAGUGCUGGACUGUUUUCAAUCUAAGCUUGCCUCGUGGAAAAGCCCAUUACUGUCCUUUGGAGGUCGGAUUACCUUAAUUAACUCGGUACUUUCUGCUCUCCCUAUUUUUUACUUUUCGUUGUUUAAAAUCCCUAAAUGUGUGCUUAUUGAGUUAGUUAAAAUUCAAAGGAAUUUUUUUUGGGGUGGUGUGAAUUUGGAUAAAAAGAUUUCGUGGGUUAGUUGGGACAGUAUAUGUGUGGAUAAAGAGAGAGGUGGAUUAGGAGUGGAUGAUUUGGAGAGGAGGAAUUGUGCUUUGUUGGGUAAAUGGUGGUAUAGGUUAGGUGAUGGUUUAGAGGGUUUAUGGAAGAGGGUGAUUUGGGAGAAAUAUUAUGGGGGUCGAAAGGAGGUUGAAGUUACUUCAUUUGCAUCUUUUAAUAUGUCUCGCGUGUGGAAGGACAUUGUGAGUGUGGGUAGUGGGUCUGAAAGGCUUUUGGAAAUGCUUGUAAAGGGCUUUAAAUGGAAAGUGGGGGAUGGAAGUUGUGUGAAUUUUUGGAGCGAUAAGUGGGUGGGAGAAAAGCCUUUGAAGAAUUUAUUUCCUAGGUGGAGACAUGGGUGUCUAGGGAGGGCGGUUGGUGAGGAAGAACAGCUUAGGGAGUUGAUUGAUGGUGUAAAGUUGAAGAAUGAUGGAGUAGAUUCAUGGAGAUGGAUACAUAGUGGAGAUGGUUCAUAUUCGGUAAAGGUGGCGUAUGAUUUUUUAACACCGAAGAUUUUGGAUUGGUGGGGUUUGCAAAGUGUCUUACCAAAUAAUAUAUUUGGGUUGGUGGAGUAUGUGGUGUAUGGAAUAGGUGGGGGAAGGUUGAAGGAGUUGGGAGCUCUUAUUUUUUUGGUUGGUGCUUGGUUCAUAUGGUACUGGAGGAAUAUCAAGGUGUUUCAAACUGUUUCUAUGACUGAAGCUCAAUUAUUGGAGUCUAUCCAAGCUAAAUCAUUUCUAUGGCUUAAAAAUAAAGAAUUUGGCUGUGUGUUCUCUUAUAUAGAUUGGGUAUCUAACCCUAUGGAUUGUAGGGAAGCCAUUGUUCAAUACCGUAAAGAGUUGAAGAACUACAAGCAGCUUUAACGUCUCAGGUUAUGAUUCCUCAAUUCUAUUUGGUUUGUAUUUGGGUUAUUGGGUUUCAAUCUCUAUUUUGUUCUCAGUUGGAUUAUGUAGUUCGUUUAGACUUUGUACUGUUAUGAAAGAGUAUCUUUUAUACUCCUACAAUAAUAAGAUUUCAUUUUG